CCUCUCAUAAUACAGAUAAGCAAAUAACAGGCUCCUGUCUCUUACAGAGAGAAAGAAGGCGUGCUUAAGAGGAAUGGGAGGAGACUACAUUUCCCAGAACACUUUGCCCAGGAGCUUGCUUUGGGAUUGGCCACUGCCCAGGCCCGAUUCGGCAGGGAAAAGCGGCGGGGAUAACGGCGUUUGCAGGUACGCGGGAGGUGUUGACCAGGCGCUGUUUGGAAGCCAUGGCAUCGCUACGGCGCUUCUCGCUGCACCUGUCCGCAGGGAGCUGCCUCCUCUUCCUCCUCUGUGUCCAGUUCGGGGGAAGCCAGAAGAAGAAGGAGAACCUUUUAGCAGAGAAGGUGGAACAGCUUAUGGAAUGGAGUUCAAGGCGCUCAGUCAUCCGUAUGAAUGGAGACAAAUUCAGAAGGUUUGUGAAGGCGCCACCUCGCAACUAUUCAGUGAUUGUGAUGUUUACAGCUCUGCAGCCACAGAGGCAAUGCUCAGUUUGCAGGCAAGCUAAUGAAGAAUAUCAAGUAUUGGCUAACUCAUGGCGCUACUCUUCAGCAUUUUCAAACAAGCUCUUCUUCACUCUAGUUGAUUAUGAUGAGGGUGCAGAUGUUUUCCAGCAGCUCAAUAUGAACUCUGCUCCAACAUUCAUGCAUUUCCCUCCAAAAGGUAAGCCCAAGAGAGCAGACACAUUUGACCUACAGAGAAUUGGAUUUGCUGCAGAACAGUUAGCUAAGUGGAUUGCUGACAGAACGGAUGUUCACAUCAGAGUGUUCAGGCCACCAAAUUACUCAGGAACUAUUGCAUUAGCCCUUUUGGUGUCGCUUGUUGGUGGUUUGCUCUACUUGCGGCGAAACAACCUGGAAUUCAUCUACAACAAGACCGGUUGGGCAAUGGCUGCAUUGUGUGUUGUUUUUGCAAUGACUUCUGGCCAAAUGUGGAAUCACAUCCGAGGACCUCCAUAUGCUCAUAAAAAUCCUCAGAAUGGACAAGUGAGUUAUAUACAUGGAAGCAGUCAGGCACAAUUUGUUGCGGAGUCUCAUAUUAUUCUCCUUCUGAAUGCUGCUAUCACCAUGGGAAUGGUUCUUUUGAAUGAAGCUGCCACCUCCAAGGGAGAUGUUGGGAAAAGGAGAAUAAUAUGCCUAGUAGGAUUGGGUCUGGUAGUUUUUUUCUUCAGCUUCCUGCUAUCGAUAUUCCGCUCCAAAUACCAUGGCUAUCCGUACAGGUAA